AUGGCCAGUUCGCAGACGACGAUCGUUGUGGAAAAGGAGAGCAGCACGGACCCAAAGUUCUUCUUCUCGGCCAAAUCCGACAUCUUCUUGACGCCCAGCUCCUCCACCGGCUCGUUGAACGGGAUGUUCUGCCGGAUUUGCCAUCUCAGCGACGGCGACCUCAUCAAGCCGUGUCGAUGCGCGGGAAGCGUAAGUUUCCACCAUUUUUUUGUGUGUCAUACUCUUAUUUAGACGUGGAAGACCCCUUGAAGUUUAGACAAGGCUGUAAAGUCUCUUUUACAGCCCAUAUUUCCCAUUUAUGGCAAGUUUUUUCAGAUCGGUCAUGUCCACAAGAAGUGCCUCGAAACCUGGGUCAAACUCUCGGAAUGCGUCCAUUGCCAGGUGUGCCAGACCCGCUACGCCCGCACCUUCCCUAGGCUCAAGCCGUUCAGAGAGUGGGAGCGGCCAACGUGGUCGUUGAUGAUCGGAGUAAGCCUUUUUAUAUUGUACUUGAUAUCUGAUGGGUAAUAUUGAAUUUUUUGACAUAAUAUAUAGUUUUUAUAUAUCUUGUGGGUCUGUAUAGGGCGUUAGUGGGAUGUUGAAGAGUUUCUGUGGUCGUUGACAAUCGGAGUUAGAGAUUUUUAUAUUAUACAUAGCUGAUGGGUAAUAUGGAAGAUUUAGGUUGGAAGGUUGAUUUUAAUGGAGAUAAAUGAUCUAAACAGCUAAAUAGCACCGUCUAAAAAGUAGUUUGAGGAUUACAGUCGCAUAGAACUGCUUUUUUACCGAGGGAAACACUUGACCCGAAAAUGGGUCAACUCUUUCCCUGACUGAUAUAAUCAGGGGUGGUCAGCGGACCCUAUUUUUCCGAUUUUCGGCCCGCGGCCCGGCCCGUCUAAUUGACCGGCCCGGCCCGGCCCGUCUAGUCUUUUCCAGGCCCGGCCCGUGACGGGCCCGGCCCGGCCCGUGCAGGCCCGUCUAUAGAGGGUUCUGCGAACUGCGCCCAGGCUCGGGAUCUAAACUGAGGCAAAAAAGGCGUUGAUCUAGCUAGUAAAGGAUCAAUGUGAUAGUUUUGUGGUUCUAUAAUGGAACUAUAGACUUGUAAACGUGUUAGAACUUGAGAAACAGCAACUAUAACAACAUCAAUUAAUUUUCCCGGCGCGAAAACAAUGAAUGCCAACGGUUUGGCAUUGUAUUUUAGACGGGCCGGGCCGGGCCGGAAAAACCCCAGGCCCGCGGCCCGGCCCGGCCCGUGACGGGCCCGGCCCGUUUGUCAAUUUCCAUUUUUGAGGCCGGCCGGCCCGUUUGGGCCGGGCCGGGCCGGCCCGGCCCGCCGACCACCCCUGGAUAUAAUGGUUAUUUUUGCAGGUGGUCCUCGUCCUAACGCUUCUCGCCUACCAUGUGUACGCGUUGCAUCAUUCCUGCACCAAUCGGACCAUCAACACCACCCACCUGGUCGUCUACAUCUCCAUGUUGACGGUGGAUCAGGUGGUCCUGCUGGGCAUGUUGAUGGUCUACCUCUCCGGUCAAACCGUUCAAGCGUUCACGGAUCGCAAAGCCCAGAAACGGGACAAACGCAAAGCGUCCAAGGAGACACUGCCGAAAGUUUAG